AUGGUCAGAGGAAAUUCCACCUUGGUGACUGAAUUUAUUCUGUUGGGAUUAACAGAUCGUCCAGAGCUUCAGCCCAUUUUUUUUGUGCUGUUCCUGGUGAUCUACCUGAUCACUGUCGGAGGGAACCUCGGGAUGUUGGUAUUGAUCAGGAUGGAGUCACGCCUCCACACCCCCAUGUACUUCUUUCUUGCCAGUUUGUCCUGCUUGGAUUUGUGCUAUUCCACUAACGUGACUCCCAAGAUGUUGGUGAACUUCUUAUCAGAAAGGAAAACCAUUUCCUAUGCUGCGUGUUUAGUCCAGUGUUAUUUUUUCAUUGCCAUGGUGAUUACUGAAUAUUACAUGCUUGCUGUAAUGGCUUAUGAUAGGUAUGUGGCCAUCUGUAACCCUUUGCUUUACAGCAGCAAGAUGUCCAAAGGGCUCUGUAUUCGUCUGAUUGCUGGUCCCUAUGCCUAUGGGUUCCUUAGUGGCCUGAUGGAAACGAUGUGGACCUACCGCUUGACCUUCUGUGGCUCCAAUAUCAUUAAUCACUUCUACUGUGCCGACCCGCCACUCAUCCGACUCUCCUGCUCUGACACGUUCAUUAAGGAGACAUCCAUGUUUAUGUCAAAUUUCACAGAUGUCAAAGAAUUUAUUCUUCUGGGGUUGACCAGUAGUCAGGAGCUUCAAGUUCUCUUUUUUGUGGUGUUCCUAAUAGUUUAUAUGAUCACUCUGUUAGGGAACAUUGGUAUCAUCAUUUUGAUCAGUAUCAGUCCCCAGCUUCAGAGCCCUAUGUACUUUUUCUUGAGUCAUUUAUCUUUUGUGGAUGUGUGGUUCUCUUCCAAUGUCACCCCCAAAAUGCUAGAAAACUUAUUAUCAGAGACAAAAACCAUUUCCUAUGUGGGGUGUUUGGUGCAGUGUUACUUUUUCAUUGCCCUUGUCCAUGUGGAGGUCUAUAUCUUGGCAGUGAUGGCCUUUGAUCGCUACAUGGCCAUCUGUAACCCUUUGCUUUAUGACAGUAAAAUGUCCAGGAUUGUCUGUGUUCGGCUCAUCUCUGUGCCUUAUGCCUACGGAUUCUCUGUUAGUCUAAUAUGCACUCUAUGGACGUAUGGCUUGUACUUCUGUGGAAACAUUGAAAUCAACCAUUUCUAUUGUGCGGACCCUCCUCUCAUCAAGAUUGCCUGUGGAGGGGUCCACAUCAAAGAAUACACUAUGAUUGUUAUUGCUGGAAUUAACUUCACAUAUUCCCUCUCAGUUGUUCUCAUCUCCUAUACUCUCAUUGUAGUAGCCGUGCUACGCAUGCGCUCUGCUGAUGGGAGGAAGAAGGCAUUCUCCACAUGCGGAUCCCACUUGACAGCUGUUACCAUGUUUUAUGGGACUCUUAUAUUCAUGUAUCUCAGGAGGCCCACUGAAGAGUCUGUGGAGCAGGGGAAAAUGGUGGCUGUGUUUUACACCACAGUGAUCCCCAUGCUGAAUCCCAUGAUCUACAGUCUGAGAAACAAGGACGUGAAAGAGGCAGUCAACAAAGCAAUCAUUAAGGCAAACCUGAAACUACAAUAG